AUGAAGAACGCCUUUUCUUCAGCUUUACCUGCAGCAGCGGCGGCGGUGGCACUGCUGUCAGGCCAAGCGCACGCGCAAGAUGACAGCAGCACAGUGAUCAACGUUUUCUGGAUCACCGAGACGACAUUGAGCCUGAACUCCAUCAACCAAUAUCCACUAGCCGGAUCAAUCGUCACGGCGGACUCCUCGUCCACUGUUGUGGCACUCGAAUGCGUCGGAUCCAGCAUCGACACGAAUGUCUGCCCCACCGCGGGCCAAACCAUCACCUAUGGCUCGACGACAUGGGUGGCCUCAGAGACCACCGGCAACCUGGGUGUCACAUUGCAGUGCUCGAUCGCACAGAACUCGAAAAGCGCAGUGUGCACGGGACAAAUCGAGGCGCCCGACCAGAUCUUCACCGAUGCGUCGAUCAAUUCAUCCGAGGCCAGUGAACUACUCACGGCCACGACUGUCGACAUGCUCUCGACCGCCUAUAGUGGCACGAUCAGCUCAACGGAUUUCACAUUCUUGCCCGUCACCGUCACUGCUGGACAGGACAAAUUGGCCGGCGCGAGCAGUGCAGCUGAUUCUUCCUCAUCGUCGUCGAGUGGUGGCGAUGGCAAUGGCGCAGGGAGCGUGAAGUCGAAUCUGGGCCUGAGUGGAUUGAUGGCUGGCUUCGUGGGUCUGGUCAUGAUGGUGUUGUAG